AUGCACCUCUCCCAGCUGAUCGCCUGUGCCCUGCUGCUAACGCUACUCUCACUCCGGCUCUCCGAGGCCAAGCCCGGGACGCCACCAAAGGGCCCGCGAACCCCUCCAGGGGAAGAGCUGGCGGAGCCCCAGGCAGCUGGUGGCAAUCAGAAAAAGGGUGACAAGACUCCAGGCGGCGGGGGCGCCAAUCUCAAGGGAGACCGAUCGCGACUGCUCCGGGACCUGCGCGUGGACACCAAGUCCCGGGCUGCUUGGGCCCGCCUUCUGCACGAGCACCCCAACGCGCGCAAAUACAAAGGCGGCAACAAGAAGGGCUUGUCCAAAGGCUGCUUUGGCCUCAAGUUGGACCGGAUCGGCUCCAUGAGCGGUCUGGGAUGUUAG